UGUCGUCGUAAUCACUAUAGUAAAUACUUAAAAAAUAAGGGAAUUUUAUACUUUAUAAAAUAUUUACUUUUCUCUUUAUUUUUCUAUAAAAAUAUAAGAAAAUAUAAAAAAAAUGAGAUAAUAUAUAAUAUCAUUCUAUUAUUUUUCUAAUCACAUUUAUUUUUAUUAAUAAUAUUUUCUCACAAGAUUUAAAUUGAUAUAAUUAAUUUUUAUUUAAAUAAAAAAAUAUUAUAUAAUUAACAUUGUAAUAACAUUAUAUUUAUAAUAUACAAAUUUUCUAACUAUAAUAAAUAAUAAAUAAAUGAUUAAAAAAAAUUCAAAAAAAAUGUUAAUAUGGCAAUUUAAAAAUUCAGUAUACUUUUGAUAUAAGUUCACAAAUUAAAUUAAAAUAUUAAAUUGUUAAGUUGUUAAAUAUUCUUAUAUUUUUUAAAAUAUAAUUUAUAAGUAACAGAUUAAAAUGUCCAAAGCAACCAAACGGAAAUAUGUUACCAAAGAAAUUGAAGAUUUGAACAUUCCUACAGAAUCACAAUCAAUAGUUCGAGUUGUAAAACCAUGCGGUAAUAAUCUUCAUGAAGUUAUUAAUCCAGCUGGAAUUCAAUAUCUCGUAUCUAUGCCAGUAAAAUUUAGGCAAAAUAUUUGGAUAAAACGAGGAGAUUUUGUAUUGGUAGAACCAAUUCCAGAAGGGGACAAAGUGAAAGCUGAAAUUGUUAAAAUAUUAACACGAGAACAUAAAAAAUGGUAUCGAAAACAGAACUGUUGGCCCCAAGAAUUUGACGAAAUUUCAAAUUCGAAACAAAGAACAAUUAAAGAAGAUAGUGAUAACGAAGAAGAUGAUCUUUUUAUAAAUAGAAAUAGAUUAUUACAAAAUAGGAUAGAUAAUAACAGUAAUACAAGUUCUGAAGAAUCUGAUUCUUGUUAAUGUUUUUGUAAUGAUAUUAUAAUAAUAAAGUAAGUAUAAUAUUUAUAUACAAAAGCGAUAAAAUUGUCUAUAAAAAGAUAAAAUAAAUAUUUUUUAAAAUUA